UUGUAGGAACCAGAACCAAUCGAAAAUUGUAUAUAUAUAUAUGUAUAAGAACAGCUUCUGAUUUUCCUCUCCACCUGGAUUUUCUUCCCCUACCUCUCCCUCUCUUCCUUCCUUCUGCAACAUCAACAAUAAAACAAAGAAAAAACCCUAAUUUCUAGUCGCCGUUUAUCUCCUCCACCUGAAAAUGAAGUGAUCAGCACAAAUGUAGUCGGAGAGAUGGCAUCAUUCUGAUACAAUAAAGUCUUCCACUCUAAAUACGUGAUUUACAAGAGGAGUAAUGGAAGCUAAUAUAUACGACCUCAAUCACUUGGAUGCCGAAGUCCUUUUGCCUCCUCGGAAGCGCCUUCUUGCCGGAUUCAAGAAACAGAAUUCUGAUGGUGAUGCUGCUUUGGCCCCUCCUACAGUUGCUUCAUCCUCAUCCUCAGCAUCGCCUUCCUCUCCUCCGCCUACACCAUCUCCAUCUCCUCCGUGCCCAUCUCCUCCUUCACCAACUCCUUCUUCGCCAUCUUCAAGUGAAUUUCAAUCCCGCCUCAAUAAUCUUUUGACUUCUCAUUUUAAUAACAACCAUAAUCUUUCACCUGAGGAGAUCGUAGAGGCCUCAAAAUCAGCAGCUGAUGCUGCUGUUAAGGCUGCAGAAGCUGCAAGAGCUGCAGCUCAGGAGAAGGCCAUUAUUGCAGCAAAAGCUGUGACGGCUGCUAAAAGUGCAUUAGCCUUAGUUGCAUCUUAUCCUGAAGAGGCAGCUAACAAGGAGAGGUACUUGCAGAGGAAUAAGCUCAAGAAGCAUGUCCAGGUUCAACUUUUGUACAAAAAGCACCAACCUAUUGAGAAUCAUAGGGAUGAUGAAGAGUUAGCCCGUAAGCUGCAUAGGGUUAUGAACAGCUCCCCUAGAAUUUCGAAGAACCCUUCCAAUUCUGUUCUGAAGGGUCAUAAAAAUAAGAAGCCUAAAAGCUCACCUGCUUCUGAGAGAACUAGGAUUUCAAAUGGAAGUGUAGCAUUUGGAGGAAAGCUACCUUCUAUCUGCAAUGGACGUGCUGUAGCAGGUGAAAUGGAUUCUGAAGGUUCCGUUGGCGAGGUAUGCACAAGUACAGCAGAUGAGAAGACAUCCAAAUAUGAAAAAGCUACUCAACUAGAGAUCGAUAAUGGGGAAGCAGAAUCAAGUCACUCAAAGGAGAAGAUGCAGGGAGAUGCAAGUUCGCCCGGUAAAAAGAGGGGAAGACAGAAACUAAAAAAGUUGCCAUUAAGCAUCUGUAGUUCAAGGGAUCGAGCAAAACCCAAGGAUGGUAUUUUUCCGAGAAACUCCCCACUUACUGGCGAUAACAUGGGCAAUCCUACUACUCGGAAUAAGCCUUUGUUUUCCGUGGAGCCUUCAGGUGAUAAUCCGAUGUCAAUUGAUGUUGCACCAAUGCGGAAAUGCCAGGAGUUCAAAGCACAAGCAUGUAUUAAACAGAAUAAAGUGAUUCAAUCAUAAUUGUGAAAACCUUCUGGGUAACAGGUCGUGACUGUGAUAGAAGUUGAUAGCUGAGGUAGGAUUCGGAUGCUCUUUUUUUAAUUUAAUUUUAUUUUUUAAUAGAAACGGCUUCAUUUGAUUUAUCUUCUCGUUCAUCGUUGGUUUUGUAAUGAACUUGAACGGAUUGAAAAGAAAAUGUAUAUUUUAAAAGUUCAGUUGCUGGCUGGCAAUUAGAUUUA